ACAGAACAUAGAAUAUAAGGUAAUGGUAAUGAGAAAAAUGGUACGGAGAAGGUAGAAGAAGAUGGACCUACACCUAUUACUACUACUGCUUGAAUCUUUGGCGGGCACAAACGGUCACUUUCAAUGAUUUUUCCUUGUCAAGUGUGGGUUCCCCUGUUUCCUCUCACCCCUGACCCCAUCUAAUCACUCUCUCAUAGAGAGAGAGAGAGAGAAAACUGUUAUUUCACAGUUUUCAUUUUUCUUCUUUUACAGUCUAUGAGAGAGAGAGUGAGACAGAGAAGCAAAAGAAACUCAUCAAAAGAUUUAGGUUUCUGGAGGUGAAGGAGAUCACAGAUCUUCUGUUCAUAUGAAGAGAUCUUUCCUUCUCUGGUAUGUGCUCCUGGUACAAGCAUUCUAUGGUGCUUGGUAUAGUGUUGGAGGAAACCUGCAUUGUGAAUACUCAAAUUCAGUGAUUCUUCACAGGCCUCACAGCGUAUCAAUCACAGAGUUUGGAGCUGUUGGAGAUGGUGUCACUCUAAACACUAAAGCCUUUCAGAAUGCUUUGUUCUACCUCAAUUCUUUCUCUGAUAAAGGUGGUGCCAAGCUUUUUGUUCCUGCUGGUCAGUGGCUAACCGGUAGUUUUGACCUUAUCAGUCACUUAACGUUAUGGCUAGACAAGGGCGCAACUAUUCUCGGUUCAACGAGCUCAGAGAAUUGGCCUGUGGUUGAUCCAUUGCCAUCAUAUGGACGAGGAAGAGAGUUGCCUGGUAGAAGGCACAGGAGUCUUAUAUAUGGUCAGAACCUCACAGAUGUAGUCAUAACAGGUGAGAAUGGGACAAUUGAUGGUCAAGGAAGUAUAUGGUGGGAUUGGUUUAGAAAUGGAGAGCUAAACUAUACAAGACCUCAUCUUGUUGAGCUCAUAAACACUACCGGUCUUAUCAUCUCCAACCUCACCUUCUUGAACUCUCCCUUUUGGAACAUUCAUCCUGUUUAUUGCAGCGAUGUUGUUGUAAAGAAUCUCACAAUCUUGGCUCCUCUUGAAUCUCCAAACACAGAUGGAGUUGAUCCAGAUUCAUCAACAAAUGUUUGCAUAGAGGAUUGUUACAUAGUUACUGGAGAUGAUUUAGUAUCGAUAAAAAGCGGAUGGGACGAGUAUGGUAUAUCCUACGCAAGACCUAGCUCCAAGAUCAAGAUCAACCGGUUAACGGGUCAGACUACUUCAAGCUCAGGAAUAGCCAUAGGAAGUGAAAUGUCAGGAGGUGUAUCUGACAUCUAUAUCAAUGACUUACAUCUAUUCAACUCCAGUACAGGAAUAAGAAUCAAGACUUCUCCAGGACGAGGCGGGUACAUUAGAAAUGUUCAUGUAUCAAACGUGAAGCUCCAUAAUGUGAAGAAAGCUAUUAGAUUCACUGGUAAGUACGGUGAACAUCCUGAUGAAAACUUCGAUCCCAAGGCACUUCCGACUAUAGAGAAGAUCACGUUUGAGAAUGUUAGUGGUGAAGAUAUUGGUGUUGCGGGUCUUCUUGAAGGUAUAGAAGGAGAUGAGUUUAAGAACAUAUGUUUCCUUAAUGUUACUCUUACAGUGAAGAACUCGAAGAAAGCUCCCUGGAAAUGCUCACAUGUUAGAGGCUAUUCACAGUGGGUUUCGCCGGAGAUUACUUGUGAUUCUUUUGAUAAGAGUAUCUUCCCGGAGCAUAGCUCUGAUUGUUUUGGGUUAUCAGAGAAUAAUCUGGAGAAAUCAAGUGGUUUAAGUAGAUCACCAUGGUUGCUUUCUUGGUAAGUUACUAAAGUUUGACCUAAGUGGAAACACACAUAGGUUGCGUAAGUGUGAAAAAACCAUCUUCAAAUUUUCCUUCCAAUUUUUUUUCUCUGAGGUUUUGUUUUUCAAAAGUGAUGCUUUCUUCUUUUUUGUUGUUUUUCUUGUAAAUUUGUGUGCAGUGAGGAGAAUAAUCAGAGUGAUUGAGAGCUUUUUUGUUGUUUUUUUUUUUCUUUUGUUAUGGGCUUUUAAUGCUUUGUUGAGCAAAACAAGUGUAAUAUCUUCUCAAAGAGACUUGAAAUUGAAAUUGAAUUUGUUUGUGUUGUUAACAAUUAUUUCUGUAAUCGCAAAUUCCAUAAUAA